AUGCCUUCCUCAUCGCCGCAUCCAAAGUCCCUUGCCGUUUAUUGGUGCUCCAGCGAUGUGUACCAAACCAGUUUGGUCGACGCUCAAAAGUUCUGUGUCGCCAAGAAGAUAGACUUCGACGACCAAUUCAAGAAGGUCCCAUUGGAUUUGUUUCUAACCGAGAGCGAAGGAAGCAUACAAGCACUCAAGCUCUGGGCUCAUAGGGUCCAAGACGUUUGUGAGAAGUACGCGUAUAGGCGCAACAUUCUACCUAUCGCACUCUUGUUCCUCGCUGAGUCUUACCUGGAUGUCUCCAUCGUACUCUGUCAGGAAAUCCUCUCCUAUCACGGGGAGCAUGGUAAGUUGUCCCCUGAGCUGUACACUCUACUCGACUCUGUAUCAUCGGAGGGCCUUGUUAUCUUGGAUCAUCUCUCUCGGCUGGAAGUCGCUCGUCUCAAGCCCCGGGGGAACUUCGAUAUUCUGGACAAAAAGGUGAAUCUAGCUGCCGAUGCCUUUCGCCGUAUGGAAGAGAGGCUAGUGAGCUUGAUCCUUCAGCACAGGGUGAGUUGA